UUAAAUACCAUACUUACUUGUCUUCUUUUUCUUCAAGAGUGAAAUUAUUAAAAAAUGGAUUUGGCAAAGGAAUUGAUUAUGGCUGUGAAGAGAAGCAAUUCUCAUGGCGGUUACGGAUUACAAAAGGAAUGUGAGGCAUUGGUUGAGCAUGUUUUGAAUAAUAUGGUUAAAUCACAGUUGCCACUUAUGGACGCCGACACCAAGAACGACGAAGACUCCGCUAUUUUCAGAGAAGAAGGAAAUCAAUGCUUCGUCUCAGGCGACGACGAGGAAGCUAUCGAAAAGUACUCGAUGAGCCUCGCCUACGCCAAGAGCAGAGAGUCCAAAUCCUUAGCUCUUGCCAACCGGUCAGCGGCUCUCUAUCGCAAGCAGCUAUUCCGAGAGUGUUUGAUCGAUAUCGACGCAGCCCUGGACUUCGGCUAUCCCGAGGAGAAGCGAAAGAAAUUGAAAGAAAGAGCCGAGAAAGCCCUCGAGGGCCUCAAACAGCUCUACCAGAUGAAGGAUCUAAACAUGAACGACUUACCUGCGAGCAAGGACUUCAAGACCGCAGAGAUGACAAAGGACGAGAAAAACUUGACCUUCAUCAAGGAGUUGAUCGACAAAGAGGACGCGGCAACCGACGAGAUGGAAUUAAUCUCGAAGAAGCCGGCGAACGUGCCGAGGUACUUGGCUGAUGAGAACGACCUGAAACUCGCCAACGGACCAAGCGACGAGGCGCCAAGCAUCAGCGAUGGAAUAAAAAUCGCCUACUCCGAGAAGUACGGAAGGCAUCUGAUCGCCACCAAGCCGUUCGAGCCCGGCGACAUCCUUCUCCUGGAAAAGCCAUAUGCUAACGUUAUUUACCGGGAAAAGUACUAUACUCAUUGCCAUUACUGCUUGGCGCGCAGCUACAAUCUGAUUCCGUGUCCACAUUGUCCGCUUUCCCUCUACUGUUCGGAGAAUUGUCGAACUUUAGCCUGGUCAAAAGGCCACGAGAUCGAGUGUCCUAUUCAAACUGUACUUUCAAAGUUACUCAACUUGGACAAGGACAAAAUCAGGAUACUUACGAAAAUCAUCAGACUCCUGCUGGUCUCCACGGAGUAUGGAACCGCCAUCGACAAGUUGCGCAAAGAUUCGCUAAUUGCAGAGAAGAAUCCAGACAACAGAACAGCAGGUUUCACCGAUGAGGGAGUCUUCGAAAGCAGUAGCUCUAGAUCAGCGCUCAGUUUGGCGACGAAUCUGGCUGUGAGGCCACUCAUGGAGAUCAGCGCUUUUGCCUGUAUAUCUGCACUGGCCAUUAUUCUUCUCGCUAAGGAAUCAAAGCUCUUUGGUAAAAAGUACAAUCCAAAGCAAUUGAAAGAUGUUGUUAAUCGGAACGAUGUCAAGUACUGCGCAUCUCUUGUGUUUCGCAAUUGCGUCAUUGUGUCGUCCAACUCAUUCUCUGUCCAACAAGAGCCAGGUGUCAAAGCUGGAUCAGGUUUAUACGUGGCAGGUAGUCUCAUGAAUCACGCUUGCUCACCCAAUACCUUCCGUCAUUUCGAUGGCUUGACAAUGAUAACGCGGGCACUUGAGCCCAUCAAAGCAGGCGAUCAGAUAUUCACUUGCUACGGCGGUGGAUAUCAAUACAUGUCUCGUGGGGAGAGAAAAAAGAAAAUGAUGGACGAAUACUUUUUCGACUGUCAAUGUCAGUCUUGCGUCGAGAACUGGCCAACGUAUCAGGAAAUUUUACGCAACCAUGUUGGUUCCAUAGCCAAGACGAACAAAGAUCUGGUCGAAAAGCUAAAGCCCUUCAGACAGAGAUUGCUGGAGAACAAGUACGAUAUCGGUGCUGUGAAAAAUGUCCUCAAGAUUCUCUAUGCGGAGGUGAAAAUGCCUUGCGAGGAAAUAGUUCAUGCCAUCCAGUAUCUCAAAAGCUAUUACUUAGGUAAAUUUCAUCAAGGAUUGUAUAUACCUACUAAAGCUUAAGCUUUUUUCCUGUUGCUUGGACACAUUAUUUUUCUUUAUAAAAUAACACACUUAAAAAGCAUACGCACCCUUUUAAAUGCAUUUCUAGCCUGCUAAAUAGAUUUCGUUCGCUAUUGAUGAAUUGUGCUGCUACUGCAAAAGGUGAACUGAUGCAAUGCAUAUUCUACAAUAACAAAUAAUUCAUUAUAUUUCUAGAUCCAUAAGUAUUUUUGGGAAUGAAUCAAGCAAAAUCUGCAAUUGCAAGCAUAUUGUCAAAAAGCAUAAGUGAAUUAUUUUUACUUACUUGUAAUAAAACUUGAUUAUAUAAAACUCUUCAGUUGUAGAUAAAACUUUUAUAAAAAGAUUUGUUUUACAAUAAUUUUUCUUACCAACCCAUUCAAAAAUUAGGCAACGACAGUUACAAGUACUUGUCUCCUGAAGGGAUGAAAAAAACGUUGAAGGCAUUGAUGACGUUAUUAGGCUCAAGAUAAUAAUCUACGACAAUAUUUAUGUGUAUCAUGACAUUUAUUAAAAGAGUUAGCUAAUUGUCACAGCUAUCAUAGCUAUCUGUUAAAUAUACGUGUUCGAAAGUCAAACAAGUAAUGAUAGAAAUUCAUUACAAA